GGGGCGACAGAGUGCGCAGAGAAGUCUUUGAGCGACGUAAAUGACACGAAGAAGAGAUGACCGGGUGUAAACAUGGCGUCUGCCUUGGACGAUGAUGAGAUCCUUAACGAUGAUUACUAUUCCCUGCUUAAUGUUAGAAGAGAGGCAACACAGGACGAGCUGAAGGCGGCAUACAGGCGAUUAUGCAUGCUGUAUCACCCAGACAAACACAGGGACCCUGAACUAAAGACUCAAGCAGAACAGCUUUUUAACCUCGUACAUGAAGCUUAUCAAGUGCUCCGUGAACCUCAGGCACGAGCCAUCUAUGACAUCUAUGGCAAGAGAGGACUCGAUGUGGAAGGGUGGGAGGUGAUGGAAAGAAAAAGAACCCCUGCAGAGAUUCGAGAAGAGUAUGAGCGUCUUCAGAAAGAGCGAGAGGAGAGAAGGCUUCAGCAAAGGACCAACCCAAAGGGAACGAUCAGUGUGGGUAUUGAUGCCACGGACAUCUUUGACCAGUAUGAGGAGGACUAUGAGGAUGCGUCUGCAGGGGGAGUCCCACAUGUGGAAAUCAACAAGAUGCACAUAUCACAAUCCAUAGAGGCUCCUCUCACCACAAAAGACACAGCCAUUCUGUCUGGCUCCUUGUCAACCCACAAUGGAAAUGGAGGUGGCACCGUUAACUUGGCCUUAAGAAGAGUCACCUCAGCCAAGGGGUGGGGAGAGGUAGAGCUUGGCGCUGGAGACACACAUGGACCUCUCUUAGGAAUGAAGAUUUUCCGAAACUUGACGCCUCGAUUCUUUGUGACCGCACAGUGUGGGCUCCAGUUUUCAACCAGAGGCGUGCGUCCUGGGGUAACCACGGUGCUGGCCCGUCACCUAGACAAGAACACUAUGGGCUAUCUGCAGUGGCGCUGGGGCAUCCAGUCCUCUAUGAACACCAGCAUCGUCAGGGACACCAAGAGCAGCCAUUUCACCUUCGCAAUGCAGCUUGGCAUUCCUCACACUUUCGUGAUGAUGAGCUACCAGUACAAGUUCCAGGACGAUGACCAGACGAAGAUUAAGGGCUCAGUAAAAUCAGGUUUCUUUGGGACCGUGGUAGAGUACGGUGCCGAGAGGAAGAUCAGUCGACACAGUGUCCUGGGGGCCACAGUGAGCGUGGGAGUGCCCCAAGGUGUCUCUCUCAAAAUCAAACUGAACAGAGCCAGCCAGACGUAUUUCUUCCCUAUUCACCUGACUGACCAACUCCUGCCAAGUGCUGUAUUUUACGCCACAGUUGGACCACUUGUUUUCUACCUCGCAAUCCAGCAGCUUAUUAUUCGGCCCUACGUGCGGGCCCAGAAGGAACAAGACUUGGAGAAGCAGCAGGAGAGCUCGGCCUCUAAUAUAGCCAGGAAGAAACAGGAGGCGGAGGCUGCUAUCAUGCUCAUGCAGGAGUCCGUGCGCAGGAUUAUUGAAACUGAGGAGUCAAGACUGGGUCUCAUCGUCCUCAACGCUUGGUACGGCAAGUUUGUGACAGACAACAGCAGAAAACACGAGAAGGCAAAGGUCAUCGAUGUGACUGUGCCGCUGCAGUGUCUGGUGAAAGACUCGAAACUCAUCCUCACUGAAGCCACAAAGUCAGGACUCCCUGGUUUCUAUGACCCCUGUGUGGGGGAGGAGAAGAGCCUGAAGGUGCUGUAUCAGUUCCGCGGAGUCAUGCAUCAAGUCCUGUCAGGAGACACCGAACCACUCAGGAUACCAAAGCAAUCUCACAGGAUCGACGCAGACACAUAGGAGCUCCUCGGCCGACCAAAAAGACUCAUCUCUCAGCCGUUUGACAGAAGAUGGAUAAACCUGUUUUAGAUACGACAUGGAUUGAAGUCCUUGUUACGCAGAAAUCGUGCAUUUACCCCUUUUUUUCUUUAUAUUCAUUUAAAUAUGCAGAGCGGAGUAAAAGCAUCACAGACUGGAUUGAUCAUAAUUCAGGAUCCAUGGACAGGGUUGUAGCCUGCUAGAAAUUCUAAUGUGACACCAAAAUCAAUGGCUACCAUCUCUUGUCCCAGGUCUUCUCGCCUCCUUGGUAUCCAUUUAUUUUUGGUAUGGCUUGUAAUUUAUGUUCCAUGUACUGUAUUGUACACAAACUGCAGUGCCUCUGUGAUUGACGACAUGAAUGCACCUCUGUUUAUUUGCCAUAUUAUUAAAACCAGUCUCUCUCAUGUUGGUUAACCAUUUUGGUAAUUUUUCCAACAAGAAAAAUGUUUUUUUUUGUAAAGCUCAUAAAAGGGAAAUGUUUUA